AUGCGCUUCUUCUCUGUCUUGAACGGUCUCCUGCUUGCGGGGUCUGCGGUUGCUCAGAGCUCUGGCAGCUGCUCCCCUCAGUCGUCAGACGCCGAAGUUGUUGAAUACGCUUGGGCAAUCCAGAGUUUGCUCGAGGGAUUCUAUAGCAACCAGCCACUCAACCAGACCUUCUUUUCCGGUGCUACCAACAGUUCGAGGGCGGAGUAUGCCCAGAACCUCAGAGGCAUCCAGAGACAGAACCGCUUGGGCGUUCGUGCCAUUCAGCAGGUCGCCUCUAAGGUUCCCGGCUUCUCGAGCCCAUCCUGCAGCUUCUCAUUCCCGAGCUCUUCCAGUGGCGAGGAGUACGUGAAGAACGCCCUUCGUCUUGAGUCCGAUGCCUCCAGUGCCCUCCUCGGUGCUACCGGCUACACCCAGUCUCCGGAGGUCUCGUUUAUCCUUGCUAGACUGGCAGCGCAACACACUGCGGACGCUACUUGGCUCGCUACCCAGCAGUCUGGUGUUGUUUUCCCGUCCAACAGCUCCUCUCUUUUGCCCGCCUACAACCCCCAGUACGUUCUCGGCACCGGCGACCAACCUGGACGACUUGGCCAAUUCCUUGGUGACUGCGUGACGGCGCCUUCGAGUCCUUGCGGCCAGCCCUUCUUCAUUGGACCUCUCGUUGGCAGCGUUGGAAACCGAAGCUCCGCAGCCCUUGGUCCUGGCCCCUCGUCCUCCGGAUCCGCCUCGGCCUCGUUCUCGCCAUCUGCAUCUCUCUCUCCCACCUCAGCCGCUGUAUCUCCCACUGCAGCUGCGAAGAGGCUCUUUAGCAGCUAA